CCUUGUGCCUUGAAGGUUGAUCCGGGGCUCUCGAUCUAGCCCCGUUGAUCCUUUUCAACCGUCUCAUUUCUUCUCCCCUUCUUCCCCCGGUCCAUCUGUGAAAGAUGCACCGAGAGGAAGAAGGAAGAAGGAAAACCUGGGACAGGCAUAAUCCGAACUUCACCUAUGACUUAUGAGUCAUGAAGCUCCCAAAAUAAGAUGAUGAUGAAACCCCAUGGGGAAGAAAAACGGAGAGGGUUAGACCAACAUGUGGGGAUUAGAAAGAGACAGGGGGACUGGGAAGUCAGGAACCUGGCGCAAUCGGCGUUUCGAGUUUUGGUUCGCUGCUUUGCGUGUGUUGAUUACCAUCUUCGUCAUCUACAUCUAGAUGAAUAUGUCUCUCUCCCCCGUUGCAACGGUGCCUUUCCAUGCAUUCAGUUCUUAGUCCCAAGAUAUCCUUUUUUUAUUGUAAAGCAGAAAGGAACAAGAGGCGAGGAAAACAAAAAGAAAUCACUCCAACAAUCAUAUAGACGUAAUUCAGUGGCAUUGUCUGUCGCAAUGCUUGAUAAUAAUCGGAGAUACUUGUGUCUGGAUGCAUGUAUCAUUGGAUAUACAUUUGAAUUUCCAGCGAGGCCAAAAAGCUCAAUGGCGUCUAUGAACAUGGUAGAGUAUGUAUGUAUAUAGUAUAUAUGGUCAUCAUCAACAUCAAAUUAUUCAUGGGUAAAGCGUUAGGUGUGGGUAGUGGGUGGAAGAAGGGAGGGUUCGGAUU